AUGUUAAUGCAAAUGAAAAUGGACAAUCAUCCUUUGAAUUUCCAAUCCGUUUUAGUCUCCCAUCCAAUGACUAGAGACAGCACUAGGCCUAAAAAAAUGAUGGACAACUCUUUUAUUCCAAGUCCUCCUGCUGUGUUGAUUAAAGAUGAAAACAAGGCUGAUUUGCGUGCGAUUUCGGUAGUUGCAUCUAACGUUACUCUGCCGCAAAUUCAACUUCCAAAGAUUGUAACACUUGAAGAGCCAGGUUAUGAAAGCAGAAACAGCCCGGUUACAAAUCUUUCUACAAGAAGAAAUUCGGUGAAUAUAGGAGUAUUGUGUGAAGAUGUACCAAAUACUGUAGGCCCUCACAUCCCAAGGCCGGUGGCAAUGAAUAAUUUGAUUCCUCCAUCUUUACCAAAGUUAAACUCAUACCAGCUCAGACCACAACUACCAGAUGCACAUUUAAACUACCAUUUCAAUUCUAACCAAUAUACUCCUGCAUCGCAUAUACCAUGCGAACCUGCUUACACUACUGCAUCUACAUUUACCAAUCAUCCCGUAGCCUCAUAUUUUCCCUCAAAUAGCACCCCCACCACAAGAAAAAACAGCGUCACCACAAAUUCCCUUUCUGAGGGGGGACGUCGAGACUCUAUUUCUCUUUCAGAACAAGUUUUUAAUGAAGGCGAAAGAUAUAACAAUGACGGCUUGUUGAUCGGUAAAACAGGCAAACCUUUAAGAAAUACUAAGAGGGCCGCUCAAAAUAGGAGUGCACAAAAGGCAUUUAGGCAGCGUCGUGAAAAAUACAUUAAGAAUCUCGAAGAAAAAUCAAAAUUGUUUGAUAGUUUGGUGGAAGAAAAUAGUGAAUUGAAAAAAAUGGUUGAAUCAUUGAAAUCGAAAUUAAAAAAGUAA